UCUUACUAAUGAUAAUGAUAAUAUAAAUAAUGGAAACAAUAUAAAUACUGGAACUAAUAAUCUCGACGAAGAAAAUAAUAUCAACAAUAUCUGGUUGGAGGAUGAUAAUGAUGAUGAAAUAAUUGAAAUUAGAGGAUUAAAUCACAGCUUAGAACAAAAUGAAUUAAAAGAAGAAGCU